UCGCCGGGCCGCUUCUAGUGACGUGCCAUCAUGGCGGCCCCCUGGCCAGAUGGGGACAUGAGACAGCUGUAAAGGUGACAGAGGGGGCCCCAUGGAUGAAGCCAGGUCGGCAGAUGUAGGACACGGGUACCCUGUGUUGUCAGAGAGGCCGAGCUGGGAGAACAAGGAGACACACCAUCCAGCCAUGUCCAGGUGUCACAGCAUGCUCAAUGUUACUAUGGAGACAAGUCCAUAUGCCAAGUUACUUUUAGAUGCCAUGAAACAAUCAGGCUGUGCAGUUUCCAAGGACAGACAUUUUGCUUGUGAAGACUGCCAAGAAUCAGUAAGUGGAGGUUUUGAUGCAGAUACUUCUGAAAUCGUGUUGUGUCAGAAUAACAUACAAAGCCAAGCCCAUAUGAACAGAGUGGUUACACAUGAGUUGAUUCACGCUUUUGAUCACUGUCGUGCCCAUGUUGACUGGUUUAACAAUGUGCGGCACUUAGCCUGCUCCGAGAUCAGAGCUGCUAACCUUAGUGGAGACUGUUCCAUAAGCAAUGAGAUUAGCCGAUUCAAUUUUGGAUUUAAACAGCAUCAUCAGGCUUGUGUCAGGGAUCGAGCUCUUCGUUCUAUACAGGCUGUAAGAGACAUCAGCCGAGAGGCAGCAGAGAGGGCUGUGGAUGAAGUGUUCACUUCGUGUUUUAAGGACCAUGAACCAUUUGGCCGAAUCCCCCAUUGUAAAAAUGAUGCCAAUAUGGCAUACAGAGAUUUUAAAAACCGGAGCAGAUAUGCUUCAGACAUCUAAAGAAAAAUCGGCUCAAUAAUAUCAUUUUCAAUUUGCUUGUUUUAUAAUAUAUUCUCUUCUUAAUUUUGGGAUUAUUUUUAUAUAAAAGCACCCUCCAGUGUGAGACUCUCUCUUUUCCUGUGAGUGUAUAUACUGAUACAUUUUUUUUUUUCUUUUGUAUAUUUAAAAAUAUUUUGUUCCAUAAUUUGAUUUUAAUGUGCAAUAAAUUGCUUUAAAAAAUUUAUA